GGAUAUGGCUAAAGAUCAACUUGAAUGGCCACGGACAAGGGUAGUCUAUCAGGUUAAAGUUGGUCCAACAGUGCCUCAAACCUCACCUGCGAACAUGGUACUUCCAGUAUGGCCCCGCCUGGAAGACAACAGACGUCCCUUCAACCACUGUGAACUUGGGGUUCCUUUGGGAAUGCCCUUUGGAAAUUUGAAUUCUUCAAGAUUGGUUCCCCAACAGCCACCGCAAGAUGACAUCAAUGGAGAUAGCUCUCUGGUUUCUCUACCUCGUCUCAAGGCAAUGACAUGGAGUAUGGAGAAUCAAAAUUCUACACCUGCAAAUCGAGUGGCUGUGAUUAACCUUAAGCUUCAAGAUUAUACAAAGCCUUCAUCCGGAGAAACAGAGAUCAAGUUCCCGUUAUCAAGAGAUACAUUGGAGGCAAUGUUGAGAUCAAUGUACUAUAUAAGAGAUCAGUUGUCAAAUGCUGCUGCAGCUCCAAGUGGACCAGUACUCAAGAAGCCACGUCAGUAGCAUUUUUUCGUCUUUAAGGUCUUUCAAAACAAAGUCCACUUCGCUAAGCCUAACAAAAAACCCCAUUCACAGCACCAGAACGACUUGCAUUGUGAGUUUACAAGAAUGGAUAGCACAUAUAAAACUAGACUAAAACUUUAUAUGUGAAAAACAUCAGUAAAUAUAUCAAGCUACGAUACCGGAUACCGUGAUUAAAUAUUUCGAACACA